CCCACACACAGCCAGCCGAUCUACCGUCGGUGCAGCACCUAACGUCGACAAGUCGCACACACGACGCAGAAUAUGAGUGCCAGCCGCACGGUUGCUUGCUGUUGCUUGCUGUCCAUGACAUGGUCUGACCUUUUCUAAGUGUCGAUUCGUUCGGCCGUCAGUGUGACACUGCAGCCGGCCGUCUCCCAUGUGAUGUUGAAGGGGUACAACACACCGUCACCGUCGGGGAAGCUUGUCUGCAGCGUCUCCUCUACCGCCUCUGCGACUCUCCAGUGACCCUCAACCUCGAUCUCCAGCUCUCGAAUGGCCCUCAGCUGCAGCAGAGAGGUCACGCUGGCGACGACCGAUGCACCGCAUGACGCGGCCUCGCAAACGAAUUCUGCAUCAAAAUACAUCCGUCCAUUCGUCCAUAAGUGCCUCACUGCCUUGAUGCCUACCGGCUAUCUUCACUUGAAGCUUCUGGACCUCCGGCAGGCCAUCCCGCUCGUCGCCCCAGGUCAGCCCCCACUCCCCCACCCCCUGCAACCCCCCCCUCCAACCUCCAACCACUACGCUAUCCAGCUUCCUACCUCCGCCGAUCGACCUCAGGAAGGCCGCCGCGUCCCUCUCUCCCAUGGCCGGCAGCUCCACACGACCCAGCUGCGGCAUCUUGGCUGCUAGGAUGACCCCCACCUCACACACCCGACGGCUGUCGAUCUCCAAUUUAGUCGCAGCGGGGUGCGAGUCGGCCGGGAGGUCUUGCAGGGCCUCGGGCAUGGGGAUCAGGACAUCCUCCUUACACCACACCGUCACUGAUGCGGCCUGCUGGAAUCUCAUGCGGCUCAUGAGCUCCUUCUCAGCUGUGGUGGGCAUGUCCAGGGCGGGCAGGUGCGAUGUGUCGAUGUCCCAGAUGAUGGUCUCCGCCAAUGCGGCGAGGCGCGUCAUGGCGUCGCUGAUGAGUGGGGAGGGGAAUGGAGGCAAGCCCAGCGGGAGGGAGAUCACGAAUGCCUUGACACGGGAAGGAUACACCAGGCCGAUCUUCAUCUCGGGUGGCCUGCAGAUGGCCGACGUGCUGCUGGUAGCCGGUGUGAGGGAAGCCUUGAGGUCGUCCAGGGCCCGCAAGGAAGGCAGCAGGUGGGAGCUGUGGAUCCUGCCGCACCUGACCGGCACGGCAGCCUUGAUCGAAGUGAUAGAGCGGCUCCUGUGGCCAACCAACACCCUCUGACAGAGAGAGGGAGACACAGAGAGAGACGAUUGACAGAGUAAUAAACCAGCACAAAUGCCUUCCAUCCAUGCAUUUCUAGUCUCUCCCAUGUCCGCUUCCCUCACUCACCUUCAGCCGAUGGAAGCUCCUCUCAGGCUCCCCCUCGUCGAAUGUGAAAUCCAGCUGAAUCACGCCUAUCGUCCGAAGCCCCGCCAGUUGCCCACGCUGGCCCUCUGCCGGCGGCAGCACACUCGCCAGUACCUCAGCCAGCCACAUGGGCGGAGUCGGCUGCACAUCCACGUCCAUGAGGCUGUGGGACGAGCGCAGGAACACCCCACACACACUGCCCUCCACACGCUCCAGGGACGGCAGCGUCCACUCGUUGAUAUGGCUGGCAUGCGCGCCUUGGACGCCGCGCAGGGUCUUCAGUCCCGGGAGGGUAAGGGCACUGGGCCUGCAUUGAGAUAGAUCCCAGUGCAGGGUGCUGCGCUCCUCGUCCGUCAGCUCGACCGGCUGGAAGGUGAUGGUGUGGAGGGACCCCUCCUCUCCUCCGGCUGGUGGCUGCGCGCCGUCCUUCUGGGCCUUCCUGCGCGUGCCGCGCACCAUGGCCUCCCUCCCCGUGGCGUGCCCCUCUAUCAGCAUGCUCCACGCCUUCUCGCACCACCUGGUGCCCGUGCGCCACGGGCAGCCGAAUGUCGGGGGGCCCCUAGUGCUGUCCGAAGGGUACCGGACCGUGACGGUGCUGAGGUUGACGGCCUUUUCACCCCACUUGCGCGCCACGUUGCUGGGCACCCGCUCCCAUAGGCGGCGCGUGGUCUUGUCUGAGCAGUCAAUGACGAAGUGGGUGUAGUGUGCCGGUGAGCUGGCGAGAAUGCGCUUGUUGGGUGCGAUAUGGGUGAUGUCCCAAGGGGGCGAGUAGCCGUAGAUGUGCGGGAAGGCCUCACGCGGGAGCCGAUACUGUGCCUGACACACCCACAGAUGGAUGGAUGGAUGAAUGGAUGGUCAUCUUCAGUGUUUGUCUGUCUGUGUGGUGUUUGCUCGCACACCGGUCCUCUAUCUUCGGGCUGUCGGCCGCUUCUACUUACAAGGCGAUAGAACUCACCGUUCACAGGUGGCUCCUGCACAGCACACAUUACAUUGAUAUCAUCCAUCCAUCCCAUCUAUCUACACCACAAGGAUCAGGGAGGGAUGUGCGGCUUACGUCGCUGCCAGUGGCCGGUUGAGCGGCGGUAGGUGCAGACAUGGUGGCUUACUGGGACCGAUGCAGAUAGCUGUACA